AUGGCGAGUCGCCCCGGCGCCGAGAGUUUCAAGUCGCCGUCCGCGGGCCGCCUCGGCUUCGAGGCCGCCAACAGCCCGACGAUCCCAUGGCCGGCUGCGAGGUUGGAGGUUCCCGCGCCGCCCCCCGAGUGCACCGACGGGGGGGAGAAGGCCGCGCUGCACGGGCGGAUAGAGGCACUGGAGCUCCGCUGCGUUGCGCUGCAGAAGAAGCUGAACGCGCGCCCCAUCACCUCGCAGGGCGUGCUGCCAGAGAAUCAGGACCCCCUGAAGCUCGGCGGCGCCUUGCCGCCGCUACCGACGCCCGCCCAGGCCGUGAGCAGCCGGAGAGAGCUUGCCUCGGCGCUGCGCGGGGCGGUGGAGCAGCGCAUGCGCCGCUUCACGGAGGGGCUGCUGAGGCACGACAAGUGGCUCUGGGUGUUCUACGGGCACCUGCUCGUGCUCUAUGUCCUCUGUUCAUCGUGCUUAGCGAACAGCUCCGAGAGCGUCAACUCGCCGGCCGAGGGCAUGGAG